AUGGCCACCACCUCGCAUAUGUUCAUGUACUCUCUGACGAUCCAGCCACCAACUGCGAUCACACAGGCUAUUCUGGGUCAGUUUGCUGGAACCAAAGAGCAGCAGAUCGUCACUGCCUCCGGUUCCCGGCUCACUAUCCACCGUCCGGACCCAUCUCAGGGCAAGGUCACGCCCAUCUUUUCACAAGAUGUUUUCGGCAUCAUUCGCUCUCUAGCAGCAUUUCGGCUAGCAGGCAGUAAUAAAGAUUAUAUCAUCAUCGGCUCUGACUCUGGCCGUAUUACCAUUAUUGAGUAUGUUCCCUCGCAGAACCGCUUCAACCGGAUCCAUCUGGAGACAUUCGGCAAGUCUGGAGUGCGACGGGUUGUUCCCGGUCAAUAUCUGGCUGUGGAUCCUAAAGGACGUGCAUGUCUGAUCGCCUCGGUGGAGAAGAACAAGCUGGUCUAUGUUCUGAACCGCAACUCCCAGGCUGAACUCACUAUUUCCUCGCCGCUGGAGGCUCAUAAGCCACAGACUCUGGUCUUCGCAAUGACAGCUCUGGAUGUUGGCUAUGAAAACCCUGUGUUUGCUGCUCUCGAAGUAGAUUAUUCGGAAGCUGACCAAGACCCCACUGGUCAAGCAUACGAAGAGAUCGAAAAGGUUCUGGUGUACUAUGAGCUAGAUUUGGGUCUUAAUCACGUUGUUCGCAAGUGGUCUGAUCCUGUCGAUCGCACCGCAAACAUGCUCUUCCAGGUUCCCGGAGGCUCGGAUGGCCCUAGUGGUGUCCUUGUGUGUGCAGAGGACAACGUCACCUACCGUCACUCAAACCAAGAUGCUUUCCGUGUGCCUAUCCCACGUCGACGGGGAGCGACUGAGAACCCUGAGCGGAAACGCUGCAUUGUCUCCGGUGUGAUGCACAAGAUGAGGGGCGCUUUCUUUUUUCUCCUCCAGACCGACGAUGGCGACAUGUUCAAGCUGACUCUUGACAUGGUGGAAGACGACAAUGGUCAAUUGACUGGCGAAGUCAGCAGGCUGAAGAUAAAAUAUUUUGAUACUGUACCUGUCGCAACGAACCUUCUGAUUCUGAAGAGUGGCUUCCUCUAUGUUGCCAGCGAGUCAGGCAAUCACAACUUCUACCAAUUUGAAAAACUUGGUGAUGAUGAUGAGGAGACAGAAUUCACCAGCGAUGAUUUUUCUGCCGAUCCCACGGUUCCUUAUGACCCAGUAUUCUUCAACCCUCGUUCAGCGGAAAACCUGAACCUCAUGGAGACCUUGAACUCUCUCAACCCACUGAUUGAUAGCAAGAUUGCCAAUCUGACGGAGGAUGAUGCCCCUCAAAUUUACUCCGUCGGUGGCACUGGUGCUCGAAGCACCUUCCGAAGUCUUAAACAUGGUUUGGAGGUUUCCGAGAUUGUGGAGUCGGAGCUGAGAACCGUCCCUUCUGCAGUCUGGACGACAAAAUUGACACGAAGCGAUCAAUAUGAUGCCUACAUUGUCCUCUCUUUCGCGAAUGGAACUCUUGUUUUGGGCAUCGGUGAGGUUGUGGAAGAAAUCUCUGACUCUGGUUUCCUCUCUACUGCACCAACGCUAGCCGUUCAACAGCUGGGCGAGGAUUCAUUGAUUCAAGUGCAUCCCCGCGGAAUUCGCCAUCUCCUGGCUGACCGUCGAGUCAAUGAGUGGCCUGCGCCCCAGCACCGCUCUAUUGUGGCCGCGGCUACCAACGAGCGUCAGGUAGCGGUCGCACUUAGCUCCGGUGAGAUUGUCUACUUUGAGAUGGAUGCCGAUGGAACCCUUGCGGAGUACGAUGAAAGACGGCAAAUGUCUGGAACGGUCACUUGUCUGAGCUUGGGUGAAGUCCCAGAAGGCAGAAUGCGCAGCUCUUUUCUUGCAGUUGGCUGCGAUGAUUCUACUGUGCGCAUUCUAAGUCUAGACCCAGAUUCGACCCUAGAGAACAAGUCUGUUCAAGCUCUGACAUCCGCACCCUCGGCUCUCAAUAUCAUGGCCAUGGCUGACUCGAGCUCUGGCGGUACCACACUCUAUCUCCAUAUCGGUCUUUACUCUGGCGUUUACCUCCGUACCGUUCUCGACGAGGUUACUGGAGAGCUGUCUGAUACUCGAACACGUUUCUUGGGAGCUAAGCCUGUUAAGUUGUCCCAGGUCUCCGUAAAGGGCCAAACUGCUGUUCUGGCUUUGAGCUCCCGACCCUGGCUUGGGUAUUCUGAUAUUCAGACUAAAAGCUUCAUGCUCACCCCUCUUGACUAUGUUGCUCUUGAAUGGGGAUGGAACUUCUCUAGCGAGCAAUGCGAAGAGGGAAUGAUCGGUAUUCAAGGCCGGAACCUUAGGAUUUUCUCCAUCGAGAAGCUCGAUAACAACAUGCUCCAAGAGUCCAUCCCAUUGGCGUACACCCCUCGCCGCUUUGUCAAGCACCCAGAACAACCCCUUUUCUAUGUCAUUGAGUCUGACAACAAUGUUUUGUCCCCUGCUACUCGGGAUAGCCUUCUCCAGGACUCCAAGAACCGUAACGGUGAUGUUUCCAUUCUUCCUCCAGAAGAUUUCGGAUAUCCUCGUGGUACGGGACACUGGGCUUCCUGCAUUCAAAUUGUGGACCCGAUCUCAGCAAAGUCGGUGGUCUUUACCCUUGAAUUGGAAGAUAACGAGGCCGCGGUUAGCGUUGCUGCUGUGCCUUUCUCAAGCCAGGAUGAUGAAACCUUCCUCGUUGUCGGUACAGCCAAGGACAUGACCGUCAGCCCCCCGUCAUCUGCUUGCGGAUUUAUCCAUAUCUAUCGAUUCCAGGAGGAUGGCCGCGAGCUGGAGUUUAUCCACAAGACCAAGCUCGAUGAACCACCUCUUGCUCUGCUUGCUUUUCAAGGUAGACUGCUUGCUGGAAUCGGCUCACUUCUGCGUCUUUACGAUCUGGGAAUGAAACAACUUCUUCGAAAGUGUCAAGCACCAGUGGUUCCUCGCACUAUUGUUGGCCUCCAAACUCAGGGAAGCCGUAUUGUUGUCAGCGAUGUCCGCGAAAGUGUGACCUACGUUGUUUACAAGUAUCAAGAAAACGUUCUUAUUCCAUUUGUCGAUGACUCCGUCGCUCGUUGGUCAACGUCCACCGCCAUGGUCGACUACGAGACCGUCGCCGGUGGUGACAAGUUCGGCAACCUCUGGCUGCUUCGAUGUCCCAACAAAGUGUCCGAAGAGGCAGAUGAGGAUGGUUCUGGUGCCCAUCUGGUUCAUGAGCGUAGUUACCUACAAGGAACUCCCAACCGCCUUGAACUGAUGGUUCACUACUACACCCAAGACAUCCCGACUAGUUUGCACAAGGCCCAGCUGGUGGCGGGUGGUCGUGACAUUAUUGUCUGGACUGGUCUCCAGGGCACGAUCGGUAUGCUCGUCCCGUUCGUCAGCCGUGAAGAUGUCGACUUCUUCCAAAGCCUUGAGAUGCAGUUGGCCACCCAGCACCCUCCCCUCGCUGGCCGGGACCAUCUGAUCUAUCGCGGUUACUAUGCACCGGUCAAGGGUGUGAUUGAUGGCGACCUGUGCGAAAUGUACUUCCUCUUGCCCAACGAUACGAAAAUGACGAUUGCUGCGGAACUCGAUCGGUCUGUGCGGGAGAUCGAGCGUAAAAUCUCGGACAUGCGGACUCGGGUGGCGUAUUAA